GGUAAGUUUUUCUAAACGAAUUUCAAAUGUAUCCAUGAUAAUAAAUUGAUAAGGGAUUAAUUUGACUCUUUUAUCUUGGUUAUUUUGACAGGGAAAAGGAGUCUAACUCAAAGGUUAUUAUUAGCAUGUCUGGAAACCAAACAACCAUUGAGUCAAAUAAGUAUCACAGCUUAGAGAACACUCGCAUUCCAGUGAACAAUAAACCUUCAACUAAACGAUUUGUGUAUGAUUAUUCGUACUGGUCAGUAGCACAGAGUGAUCAACAUUUUACAUCACAAGAACAGGUAUUUCAAGAUCUUGGUACAAAGGUAUUGGAUGCAGCAUUCGAAGGAUAUAAUGCUUGCGUAUUUGCAUAUGGUCAGACAGGAGCUGGUAAAACAUAUACAAUGAUGGGAACACAGAAUGAUCCUGGACUAACUCCAAGAAUAUGUGAGGGCCUGUACAAACAUGCCUCAGUUAAUUCAAAUGAUCAAGAAUCAUUCAGGAUUGAAGUGAGUUAUUUAGAAAUCUACAAUGAACAAGUGCUUGACCUGUUGAGAAUCCCAAGUCAUAAGAAACGUGAUAUAUUACCUGCAAGACUGAGAGUACGAGAACAUCCUAAGGAUGGACCUUAUGUGCAAGGUCUAACGAAACAUGAUGCACCAGAUUACUCAGCAAUUGAAUCCUUAUUAAACCAAGGAAAUCAGCUUAGAAAAACGGCAGCAACAAAAAUGAACGACCACAGUAGUAGAUCGCAUGCUAUAUUCACAAUCAAGUAUACUCAAGCAAAGUUCGUCUCUGGACUGCCAAGUGAAAUAACGAGCAAAAUUAAUCUUGUUGACUUGGCUGGAAGUGAGCGAGCAGCAAAGAGUGGUGCUACAGGAGACAGGUUAAAGGAAGGUGGUAAUAUAAACAGAUCUUUGACGACUCUCGGAAGUGUGAUUUCUUCUUUAGCAGAGAGAUCCAGUCAAAAAGAUAAUGCUCAAAGAAAAGUGUUUAUUCCCUAUCGCGACUCAGUUUUGACCUGGUUAUUGAAGGACAGUUUGGGUGGAAAUUCAAAAACAAUUAUGAUUGCAGCUAUUGCUCCUGGAGAAGGCAAUUAUGGUGAAACUUUGAGCACUUUACGAUAUGCAGACAGAGCCAAGAAUAUAAUCAAUGCACCAACAAUAAACGAGGAUCCGAAUGUGAAGUUGAUACGUGAACUGAAAGCAGAAAUUGAACGCCUGAAAACGAUCAUUGAUGGAGAUCACGGCCAGGUGCAGCAAAGUGUUGCUACAGAAACACUUGACGAAGCACAAAAAUUGUUGGAGGGUACGGAGAGUAAGAUGGAAAGACAUUUACGAGACUGGGCAGAUAAAUGGCGAGAUACUUUGCUUAUUAUGGAGGAAAAUGAUUUGGGUCUUCAUAAACAUCGCUCAACAUUGCGUAUAGAUAUGGACCCACCUCAUCUUGUCUUACUUGAUGAUGAUCCUCUCAAUACCAGUAUAACAAUAUUUAGUUUGAAAGAAGGAGAAAAUUUCAUUGGAAACUUGCAUGCUGAGGAAGAACUUGACCUAGUGUUUGACCAUGACGCGAUCCAGAACGAGCAUUGUGUAGUAACUUAUGAUACAAGAAACGUUAUAUUAAAACCUCUUAAUGGAUAUUGCAGUGUCAAUAAUAAAACUAUAACCGAGCCGACUAAAUUAUCUCAAGGUGACGUGAUUUUACUCGGUGAAGAUAUUCGUUUGAAAUUUAACUAUCCUCAAGAGGCGUGUUUUCUGAGAGAACAGAGACGCUCAGGACAUUUCACUCGUUCCUUUUCUUUGGAUAAGUCCACGCACAUGGCAUCCACACCAAGACGACUUGAAGAAGUGACGUUCAUCGAUCAACCACUGUCUCCUGAAUCUGGCGUUGAGAUGGACCCCCAAGAGGAGGAGAGUACGGAAGAGAAGAAUGUGGACAAAUUAAAACAACAAGUUGAAGACCUCUUGGCACAGUAUAAACAGUCUGAAAUCGAGAGAUUUGAGAUUGAAACGAAAAAUAAACGUGAGUUAGAAGCAAAGGAUAAAGAAAUCGAAACGCAAGCGAAAGAACUUAUAAAACGACAGAAAAAUGACGAGGCUUUGCUUCAACAACACCAAAAAGAAUUACAAAAUCUCAGAGAACAACUCUCUGAUGAAAAAACAAGACUUCGUAAUGAGCUGAUGCAACAAAUGGAAAGACUUUUUAAUAAAAUGCAAAACACAAAUCAUGCUCUCAUUGAAGACUCGAAGAAAGAUCUUGAAAAGCAGCGAAAAAGAUUGAAUAGACAACUUAAACGAGAGUGGUCUAAGUUAGAUCAAUAUGAAAUGAAACUGAUCGAAGUUGAGGCUGAAAAGCGAAGAAUCAUACAAGACGCUGAAAAUAGGUUAAAACAGGAGAGAAAUAAGAGUGAAAUAGAACGAAAACAUCGCCUUCAGGAAGUUGAAACACAAAAAAAAUCUUUACAAGAAAUACUUGAAGGUCAUUUAAAGGAACGAGAAGUUGCCAGAAAGGAUUUUCAACAAAGUCGAAGUGAAGAAAUAAAACUUUCUGAUAUUGUGAGGAAAGCUUGGAUAUAUUUUGUAAGAAAUUAA